AUGAAGCUGGCUUCGCACAAGAAUGCCCUGGGGCAGUACUCCUCCCUGGGCAGCGAGGUCUUCUUCACCGAGUUCGGGUCCGACUGGACUUCGUACAGGUCCUCACGGCAGCGGCGGCGGGUGGACUUCAGUGGUCCACAAUGGAGUUUGGAGACGCUCGUUGGAGAGCCUGAACAUGGCCUCAUGCACAAGCAGUUCAUUCGUGAACACAUAGAGGUUCUCAACUUGGCAAAGAACAAGUUGACGGACAUCAGCUGUGUCAAUGCGAUGAAGGACCCCCGGACCUUCGAGUUCCGACGGCUGCAGAUCCUGAACGCUUCGAGGAACAUGCUCACCUUCGUGAAGCUGGUCAACCCCAGCAUCAUUGAAAUCAACCUCAGCCACAACGAGCUGGUGAAGCUUCCAGACUUCUCCUCACUGCACCAACUCUCGAAGCUUCUCAUCUCCCACAACUGCAUCGACGACACGUUGGAGCAGUUCGGAGAUCUGCAGAAGCUGCGGGUCUUGGACCUCUCCUUCAACAAGUUCUCCUGGCGGCCCACCACCUUCCGCAAGCAGCUGAGCCACCUGGAGCCGUUGCAUCUGGAGGAGAUGAGGCUCUGGCCCAAUCCCUUUGCGGAGGGCUUCAAGGAGUACCAGUUCAUCACGGCCACGACGCUUUCCUCCAUCACCAGUCUGGACGGCUUCAAGAUCGACUCAGACCUCAGGUUUCAGCUCAGAGUACAAGCAGACCAGCUGCACAUGAACAGCGCGGACUUCUCCAUCUUCGAUGUGCGGGUGGAGGAGCGCCGGAAACGCAACACGCCUACCGAAGUCGUAGGCGCAGAGCAGGACGUCACGGGCUCCGUACCUUGUGUGAAUGAACUCAUUGAGUGCAUGCGGAGAGCCCUCGACGAGCCCGACAAUCUCUUGAGACACAUCUACAGCCUGGAACAGAAGAUUUCUUACAUCUGGGCCGCCAGCUUCUGGGACCGGCGCCGGCUGAUGCUGGUGAUCGAGGAGGGCGGGCGUGCCAACUUCAUGAAGGCCACGGAGGAGCGGCAGGCGGUGGCGGAGUUCGCGGACAAGAUGCAGCAGGUGCUGGGCCGCUUCGAGAGCGUGCAGGACGUGUUGAUCAUGUGCUUGGUCCGAAUGCUUGCCUGCGGCAACAGGCAUUUGGCGGUGAGGUGCGGCAAGCUGCUGGCGGAGUGGGUGGACGCCACGGCCGAAGAGUUGCACGACCGCAUCGAUAGCAUGUCCGAAGCGCUCUUCCGAGAUUUGCGUUCCCAGCUAGUCCUGGGGGUGCAGAGCGUCAACGAGCCCCCCAUGGUGUGCUACGAGAUCUCGCAGGGCACCCGCGGCAAGCAAGGGGAUGACCCCGAGAACGAUACGGAGCUGGAGCAGAUCGAGUCCAGCUGGUACAUCCUCACCGCGCUGAACUUUGGCCCCAGCACCUUGUACGACCGGGUGGUCUCCCCAUGGCGCGCCCGGGUGCUGCGCCCCUUUCUGCCGGUGCUCUGCCGGGAGAGCAGGGCUCUGCUGGGUGAGGACCAGCCCUUGGACCGCUGGGCCGAGUAUCAGGGCUUCGACUCCUUCCCCGAUGACGUGGCUGAGGUCGUCGAGGCGGAGAUGAACUUGCUGAGCUUCCAAGAGCGAUGUGUCCGCCAGGCCUUCGGAGGUUUCGUCAUCGAGCCCGGGGACGAGGGCAUGGUGAAGGUCUACUUCAAGCAUGCGGCGGCGCAAAACCUGGUGUCCAUGCGCCGGGUCUCUGAGAGCCGCACGCUGCAUACCCGGCCCAUCGGCCGGGUGAAGAGGCCCCAGGCCUCGGAGAUGGGGGACGGCAAGAACUACAGCUGGAACGCCUGGGUGGAUGGCUUGGCUGUGCUGGUGACCGCAACCUCGGACCCCACCAACGCCGCCCACUGCGUGACCUUCUUCGACGCCCACAAGCCCGUGAUGAAGCACGAGUCGGACAACCAGGGCUUCACAGAGGCAGCCUUAUUGGGCAGCAGCGAGGCGAAGUGUGCCUUUCUGCGGCUGCUGAAGCUGGGCCGCAACCUCAUGCGAGCCUCAGGGGAGGCGGGCAUCAAGGCUUCUCAGUACUUCCUAGAGCACAAGCUGCACACCCAUUGCUGGGCGCGUGCAAGAAGGCGGCUGCAGGAGGGAGGCGCGCCGAUGCCGGUCCCACGGCUCAGCGAGAUGGCUGCGGACGACAUUGCGCUCAUCGCGGAGCUAGUCGGGGUGCUGAACACCAUGAUGGACUGCGGCUCGAAGGAGAUCUGCGACCAGGCCAUGACGGAGAUUAAAGCAGAGAACGGCCUGGAUGUCUUUGAUAUGCUCUUGGAGGUGGCGGCCUAUACCUCCAACCCCGACCCCUUCCUGCUCUCCAUCGCCUAUGAGACCAUAUAUGUGUUUCUCAAGAGCGACGUGGUGGAGGGCUUGCUGGUGAAGGUCAUCGUGAAGCUCCGCGAGACUGCCAUCCUUUUGCCCUACAUCCGUGGGCCUCAUGUGAAGGGUGUGCCCAACGACAAGUACAUGCAGCUCUGGUGUAAGUGCGAGCUUAAGUACUCCCUGAACACUAGCCGCGAACGGCUCCAGCAGCUGUACGACUCCCAGGACCCAGAUGAGCAGGGCCAGUGGCGGGAGAUGGUACCGGAGAUCCGGGAGCUCCAAAACCCGAUGAUGCACCGGGCGAUCCUGGGCAUCGUGAAGCUGAUCCAGCUCUUCAGCGAGAUGGCGCAGGGGGAAGAGACCAGCGCCACCCUGAAGCCGGUGACGGACCUGCUGGACGCGUCGGGGCGAGAGCGGCUGCUGAUCGGCCCCACCACGGGGCUGGUGACCUGUCCGGACUUCGACGUGAGGGUGGAGAGCCUGAAGUGCGUGCGCCACGUCCUGGAAGCCACGCCGGAGCAGUUCGACCUCGAGGAGAUGGGCUGGCUGCUGAACUACCUGACCUCCGUAGGCAUGGGCAUCGGCAAGCAGGGCCUCUUCCUGAUGGAGGUCAUCGAGCUGAUCAAGAUGUUUGUGAGGAACCAGUCCCUUACGGGCCAAAGCUUCCGCAGCAAGUUCGCAAAGUACGCCAUUCGCGAGUCCUUCGAGAUGCUCACGGUGAACUCCCGGCGCGAGACCCAUGGCAACGAGGAGGAGGCGAGGGCCAAAGCCGCCCUCACGGAGAAGAUCACCCAGCUGCUCAUGGACUGCUCGAGGCCCCUGUCCGGUGGUUUGCGGAAAUUCCUGCGGCGUGUGGACCUACUGGAGACGGUGUGGCAGGUGCUGCAGCAGGAGGAGCGGGGCUCGGACAACCCCUCCGUGCGGGUCUUGCUCACCUGGACCGGCCGCGACGUGCGCCAGGUGCUGCUGCCCAUCAUCACCUCCCCUGCCUUUCUGGUGCACGGCACGGUGGUUCACUGCGCUCUGGUGCGCCUCGCAGACGUCAUGCAGGGGAAGACGGACUGCAAGAGGCCCAACAUCUUCGAGGAGCUCCCGCCCACGGAUGAGAGCCAACCCUGGCCGGGGCUCGGGCAGCUCUUCCGGUCCAAUGCGGAAUGUCGAGAUGCAGUGGAGGCGGAGGACACAGGGGAUCAGCACGACUACUUUGUGAAUUGCAGGGGCAUGGACCCAUUGCUGGACUUUGCGUACCGCUUCUUUGCGGCCAACGAGGAGAUGAACUUGCAGGUGACUCGCACCCAGGAGGCCAUUGCCGAGGACCUGGAUCAGAAAGAGAGGAGUCUGCGGCUGAAGUGGGAGACCAGCGAGCAGCAGAGCGACGCCACGAAGGAGGGCCUGCGGAAGGCCGAGGAGGAGGCCACCAUGUCAGAAGUGGUGGAGGAGAGCAUGACUGCCCGCCUGAAGUCGCUGAACGAUUUGGCCGGGGUCUUCUUCAAGCGCAACCUCAACCACUACGACGAGCAGAAGGGGGAGUUUUCCUUGGCCAAGCUGGCCAAAGUCUACCAGAGCUACUGGAAAGACAACGAGAAUCGCAUGCUCGUCGAGGUGCAAGAGAGGAAGGACGCCCUCAUGGAGCUGAUGCGGAUGCCCGACAAGAUCUAUGUGGAUCAACAGCUCAAGGACCUUCAGGACCAGGAGAAGCUGUCGAAGAAGCAACGCCACUUGAGGCAGCCCCAAAGGGACCUGGACAAGCUCAUGUACCAGGCGAAGGAAGCGCAUACAAUCCUCAAGCUCAUGCUUUGCGAUGCUGCCCACCGGGACGAUCCCGAAGUGAGCAGGUGGUGUCAGAACGAGGCGCCGCAUGAUGCCCCAGCGAACGUGCUGAGCAAAGGCCUGGUAGAUUUCCUCAAGGAGAACCAGGCUUUGGCCAUCGAUGCAGGCAUUCUGCCCAGCACCGAGCUAAAAGACCUGGACAACUACAAAUACUUUGGGCAAACUGAGCGUCGCACCAACCUGUCCGUCAUCUACGUGGAGUUCCCCACGGUCUCGAAGCUGCUUGCGGCGCUGCAGGAGUUCCUGAAGCGCGCGCAGCGGCUCUUCCUGUGGCAGGUGAGGAACCGGUUCCGAGUGCCCACGAACCUCGGGGAGUACUUCAUGGCGCUCAAGUUUCAGCUUCAGCUGCGGGACCAGUCCUUGCACUUUUCAGAGCUCCGCCUCUGCUUGUCCGGGAAAUCCAGGAAGAACAAUACGAUUUACAUGUGCCAUGGCUGCGAUUUACGCAGGAGGCUAGAGUUUGGGUUUAUCAUCAAGCAUCUGGCGGGCAUGACCCGGCUCAUCUAA